AUGCAUUUUCCCGGGGUCGCUCUCGUUACCGGCGCAGCUUCAGGCAUCGGUCGGGCCACAGCCAAACUUUUUGCAAAAGAAGGAUGUCGUAGGAUAGCCAUUGGAGAUAUCCAGGCUCCAGCACUCAACAAAACCCGCGAGGAAAUCCAGUCGGAAUAUAAGGACGCGGAGGUCGUCGCCAUACCUACGGAUGUCACCUCGGAAUCCUCCGUCAACUCUCUUGUUCAGUCUGUGGUCAAUACCUUUGGCCGCAUCGACUAUGCCUGCAACGUGGCCGGCAUACUCCUUCCUGGAAUCACCACCGAGUACUCUUUGAGCCAAUGGGACAAACAGUUCUCGGUCAAUACACGGGGCAUGUGGCUCUGUCAGCGAGCGCAGAUCACGCAGAUGUUGAAACAAGAGCCCUUGAAAGCACCAGACAGCCAUUUUCCUGCCCGUGGAGCCAUCGCCAACGUCGCAUCGAUGGCGGGGCUGCGCGUCUAUGACAACUUGCCGGCAUAUUGUGCUAGCAAGCAUGCCAUUAUCGGAUUCACCAAGAGCGACGGCUUGCACUACGCAAAAAGUGGGAUCAGGUUGAACGCUAUUUGCCCUGGAGUGAUCAAAACGCCGAUGCUGGGAGAGGUCCCCGAAGAAGACGAUACCAACUUGGACGAAAUGGUCAGGGAGAUGGCGCUGAAGCGGACCGGCAUGCCGGAAGAAGUCGCCGAGUGUCUGGUUUGGAUCACCAGCGGACGCGCCAGUUUCGUCACGGCGACAACCCUGGCCCCGAAUGGAGGAAUGGUGGGUGGUUAG